AUGCCUUCAACCUCAGCAAUUGUACUACGGCAUGCCUUUCAAAACAAACACAAACAUAUCGCCUCGUAUCUUACGAAAGGAACCAAUGCCCUUCAAAAUCAAGUGAUGAAUCCAUUCGAUUGUGCUCUAUGUAUUUCUGAAAAUGAAAAACUUCUUCUCGUUGCCGAUUAUAGUAAUCACAGAGUUUUAAUUUUGAAAUUACCUAGUGGAGAAUUGGUAAAUCAUAUUGAUAAUGUCAUGUAUCCUCAUGGUUUGUGUGUGGAUCGAGAGACUUUUCAUCAAUCUGAAGGUUCCGAAAUUUUAGAAUUUAAAAAAACAUUUCUAGUUUCGGAUUGUUUGGAACAUGUUGUGAAACGAUUUGAUAUCGAUUCUGGAAAAUUAUUACAAAAAAUUGGAAAAGGUUUCGGUACAGAGAAUGGUUAUUUUGAUAGACCUACGGGAAUGUGUAUCGACAAGAGUACUGGAAGAUUGUACGUGACUGAUUAUGGAAAUAAUCGAAUUCAAAUUUUUCAUUUACACAAUGGAGAAUUUAUUUCGAGUUUUGGUCAACAUCUUCGAGUUAUGGAUGUCAUCUCUUCCACUUCAUCUGAGACAACUACUCAAUUGAAUGGGCCAUUCGGAAUUGCCAUUGAUUAUGUUUAUCAUCAUUCAUCCAAUGUCCAUAUUGAUGAAAUAUCCACUAAUCCAUCACACACAACCGUAGAGACACCCAAUAUGCUUUCAGAAUCUCCCUCUCAAUUGUACACAUUUAUUUAUGUGUCUGAUUCUAAAAGUCAUACUGUGAAAUUGUUUGACAACGAAGGAAAUUACAUUGGAGAUGCCAUUUCAAACGUGAAAACUCUUUCAUCCUCUCAACUCUCUCUCACUCAAUCCUUCCUCAAAAAUCCAUAUCAUGUUUUAAUCGAUGGUAAUCAUUUAAUUGUUUCAGAUAGUGGCAAUCAUGCUGUGAAAAUAUUCUCAAAACCCAAAUUAUCCUUUUCACACAGUACCAGUACGACCACCACUUCACAUCCAAAUUAUUCGAUAGCAAAGCAUAGUACAUUUAAGGAUGUUAUUGGAACGAAUCGAUACAUUUAUGAAGAAAUACCUUCAAGAAGAAUUUUGGCCAGCGCUUGUACCAUCAAUAAUGAAGGUCAUGAGUUGGAUGUUUCAUCUUCCUCGUCAACCAUUGAAUUUAAUUAUCCUGUUGGAUUAGCUUUGGAUUUUUCAACUGGUGAUUUAUUUGUUGUGGAUUGUGGAAAUCAUCGAAUUCAAGUGAUUAGAUAA